CUCCUCCUCCUCCUUCUCAACCGAGAUGACAGCACAAUGAGAGAGACACAUCGAGCGCGCUCCAUCUCUCGACAUUCUUCCAUCUGCACUCCUUCCAACCAUCUUCACGCGCGGUCAAGCUACAUCGCCUAGCUCAGACGCCCUCCGCCGAUUGCCACACGCCACAGCGAUUCCCCAGCGGGGCUCGAAAAGAUGGGUAAGAAAGGAAAGGCUCAAGGUCGAGCUGGCAAAAAGCAGAAAGCGAAGAGCGGCGGGCAUAGCACGCCCCGACACAACUUCUCUCAAUAUGACGAGAGCGACUGGGACGACGAUAAUCGCGUCAAGUUCAAAGGGUUCAGUGGCGCAAAGAAGCCCUCGGGUUCUGCAAACCCUCAGAGCUCCAACGCCAAAUUCCGGCAUCAAGCCAUUGCCUUUGUCAGCGCCGGUGUGCCGCAAUCAGCAGUUGAGGAACGACACCAGCAACUUCAAGGACCGUCCACAGGUAGCAAAGUAGCACCCGAGAACGACGACAGCGAAAACGACGACAACGAUGACGACGACGAUUUCGACAUUGACGACAGCACCAUACAAACCAAUAUCCACUUAGAGGCGGACAUUGAGAGCACAGAAGACGGUGUGGCAAAGAUGGCCAUUGACAGGUCUGAAGUUAUGGAUAUGGACAUAGAAACCGUUACGACCAGCACAGAUACGAGAAUCAUUAUUGAUGACGAGCCCCAGCAAGAACCUGCGCCAGAGCUGCAGUUCGUGGUCGACACUGUUGGUGACGAGAGCCUAGUGACAACCGCAACCUCAUCCAGGUUGAGAGGGAAGCGACCUGUUCGCGAGCCAUCGCCUGCACGAUCAGAGUCUAGUGAGGAGGCUGUUGUGUUCAAAGGCCGUAGCAAGGCCACCGUGAUCGACGAUCCAUUCUCGGCACCCCCACGACAGACACUGACUGCUACACCCACUGCUCGAGUGCCUCGCCCCAGCCCACAUCCACUCGACGACCUUGAAAAAGAGCUAAACAAUGGCACCGUACCUUCGAAAUCUUCACAUGCGCCGAAUACAAGCACGAACUCGCAGGUUGAGGCCUGGGGUUGGGGCUCUAUGCCUUCGAAGUAUGACCUGGACAUGAAGUCAGACGCCCCGUGGGAACCCGCGACAGGUCCGCCCUAUUGGAGAAAGCAAAAGAGCAAGCCACGACCGGACCUCAACCCUCCUCAAGCUGGACGAGAAGCAUACGGCAGCACUUCAGCGAAGCGAUCGAAAGAUACGUUCGCUGAGGCACAGUCAAGCAAGCCAGUAACAAGCGCAGUCGAUAACAUCGCAUCACUGCAAUCUGAAUGGAGAACGGCGCUGCGCGAAAAGAAGGCGUCGAAGAAAGAGGGGCAAAUGGCGAAAAGAAAUGGUGGCGUGCAGGCUGAGGACUUCGAAAAUGGGAAAGCAAAGGAAAACGCCGUUAGGAGACAAGGGGAGUCUAGUAAGAGCGCUUCGAGACCUGAUCGCCGGGGUAAGCGUGGCAGGAAAGCGGACAAUCGUUCGCUGCGGACACUCAUAACCGAUGACGAUGACGGAGCCAACGAAGAAGCUGCAUACGACGACUACAUGGAGAACCUGAUAGCUCAGAUGGACGACCAGGCUGGCGACCCGAGCGAGGAGAUGUUUCUCGCCGGUCUGAAGGCGACGGCGACGCUGAAUCGUCCUUCACUCGUGGUUGAUGGCCGUGUGAUUCCGGACGAUGAGCUGUUGACGCAUGUGCAGGGCAACGACGACGAUGAGAGCAAUGAUGAUCAUAAUGAUGAAUGGGAGAGUGUCGACGAUGAUAAUAGUAACAGCGACGGAAUGUCUUCGAUAAACCCCGACAUGGACGAAUUGUCUUCGGAUGGUCUGGAGUCCGAGCUGGCGUACAAUGAGCAAGAGAUGUGGGAAGAUGAGGAAGACAUCAGACAACGUCGGCGAGAUCAAAUGACUGAUGAGGAGCUUGCGCGGCUACUUUCGAAGCAACAAGAAUUUGGUAUGCAUGGAGACGAGCUCAUGAUUGAUGACGGAGGAAUGUACGGUUCGGACGAUGGUGUUGGUGAUGUAAAAGCCGCGCGCAGGGGUUUGUCCAAUCUCACAAAUCUGGCAUACGGUCAAGCACCGAACAGGAACCGCAUGCGGAGGCGUGGGCGUGACAAGAAGAACAACUUUGUCGAUGCGUCUCUGCUUGCGGAUACUGUUGAACAGUAUGGUGAAAAUGGUUUCGAUGUCAUGGACUUCGAGCGGCCGUCGUUGCGACCUCUCAAAAAGGGUCGUAAGGGUAAAGUUCCGCCAGAGCUGGACGCCAUAUCCGACGAUGGGCUGAGGGAGGUGUUGUCUGAGCAGUGGAACAAAGAUCGAUCGAAGAAGGCCCAGAAGAAGCUCGAACGGGAGGAGCUUCGCCGCGAAGGCUUACUUGGCUCCUCUGGUAAAAAAGGCAGGGCUCAUCUGGGCACCAAGUACCCACUGGGGAUGAGCAUGCGAGAUGUACACGACGAGCUCCGAGAGUUCUUGCAAGAUGAAGAUCUCGAGCAGCGAGCUUUCCCGCCCAUGGACAAGAAAGAUCGCGCGGCGCUCCACAACAUCUGCAAUGCUCUCAAUCUCAGCUCUCGAUCUCAGGGAGUGGGUAAGAACCGCUUCCCUGUCCUGUCGAAGACUGCAAGAACCGCAGAGUAUUCUGAAGAGGUGUUCGUCAAGGUCGUCUCGGCUUCUUCGAGGGGUUUCCUGUCCAACCGUGGAGCGGCGAAGAAAUUCAGUAAGCAGAUCAGCAAAGGUCCAGGAAGGGGUGGUGGCUUUAACAAGGAUGCCGUCACUGUGCGCAAUGGAGAGAUCGUGGGUGGGUCGGCGCCUGCAAUCAGCCAUACCAGUUUCGGCGCGAAGCUCAUGGGGAAGUAUGGGUGGUCGAGUGGUAUGGGUCUAGGCAAGGCAAACGAAGGGCGAACAGUGCCUGUAGAGCAGAUUAUGAGGACCGGAACUGCCGGACUUGGAUGACGAAGUCAUUGUCUGAUUGCAUCUGUACAGCUUGGGACGGCACAAUGGUGAUGCCCACAGUGCACAGCAACUUGACAGCAAAAGCAGCCAGUGUAUAGAUUUUUAGACCGU